UAGUGAGGAAAACAGAAGGGCAAGUUCCAAAUCAUUUUUGAUGAGGAGAAACAAAUCUUUGGUUGCAUGAAAACGGAAGAGCGUUUCUUUUUCUUGGGGUGAUGAUGGCACAUGAGCGGCACUACAUGCAGUACCGUCUUUUAUACAGCAAGUGCCUAUAUAAAUUUUGAGUUUUGGAUACUCUGUGUGUCAUCAUCUUCACCCCGUGCUCUCUCUCAACUUUCUGUCUGAUUUCUUUCUUCCUCUGCAAAUCUUACCUGCUUUGUUUCUUCAACUGGGUUUUUUUCUUGGAAGCUGCUUUUUUGGAAAGUGUUUUUUUAUUCUGGAGUUGGCUCUUCUGGUUGACUUAGAGAAAGAGAGGAAGUAAAAAAUGGAGAGUAACAAUAAGAAGCCGGGCAAUUCAUGUUCCUCAUUGACUGCUGAUCUUUUUGGUACCAAGGAAUCUCCUCCCAAGUCUUCUACUGGGAUUUUUGCUUCCAUUUUCCCACCUCCAUCACAGGUGGUUGGGAGGAACUCUUCAAGCUCUGAGCUGACAGAAUAUUGGCAGCAGCAGUCCUUGAGAAAUCAUGCACGGAACACCAAGCAAGGUACUGCAGCUAUAAGUAGCGAAGGUGCACGCUAUAGCAUACCCAACAAGGACCGGAGUUCAGUCCUUCAGGAAGAAAGAGCAGAACCAUGUUAUCUAAGUUCAUCUAUUUACUAUGGUGGGCAAGAGGUGUAUUCCCAGUCCCCAAGGACCCAUGCCUCUGGAUCCUAUCCUAUAUUCAAGAAAGAUGCGGGAGAAGAUGAUCCAAAUGGAACCAACUCGAACAGUGCCGCCCGAGGAAAUUGGUGGCAAGGUUCGCUCUAUUAUUAGGAUUUUCCCUUCACUGUCCAUAUGAAUUCUUCAUCUAUUUUUCAAGGAAUUCACUGGGCCUGGGGUUUAAGUAUGCAAGUGUAAUAUAAAUAAGUGGCUGAUGUGCGCAUUGGUUGCAAAAGAUGCUGGACAGGAAGUGCAAGCUUUUAUGUCGGUAUGGUCAACUGUUUCAUUGGACUUUUUAUCAAGAAGAUGGUUUUCCGAAAAUGUAGUGUUCUUACCACCCUCCGCCGAACUAUGUUCUGUGUGUAGUUUGAAAGUUGUUUAUCCUGUUAAAUUAAAGCCCGUGGAGGACUCACGGGCGAAUGAUAUGAGCCCCUUGCUCUUUCAUUGUGAACAUAUAUGCUUGAAGUGACUACGGUUUCUUAUGAAAUGUGUUUUGUAUUA